GUGCAAACAAAGCCCCGUCCCAGAUGCAUGGAGAAGCCCCGUCCUAGUCCUAGUUUUCUCCGCGUGAGCUCCCCGCACUGCAUACUACUGCAUAUUUCUCCCGUCUGCGUGUGGUUGUUGACCUGUGUUUUUGCUGUACAAGGUGAAGAUUCUUGGGCGGGACGGUUCUCCACGUUCUCCACUCCCGCUAGAUCUAGUGCCGGUCGGCUUCCACCAGGAAAUUUCCCGAGUCUGCACAUGGGACCCUGCUCCCCCAGAUUUAGAUUUCCCAAAGGCGAGCCCAUCUCGGAUGGGGUCGUGGAUAUAUAAUCAUCUGACGGGUCUCGCGUUGCAUCGCUGAUUCCUUGUCUACCACCGCGAGUAAAUUAAUUGGCGAAGAUCAAAGCUGGCAAAGUGACCACAACAGCGACAGCGACAGGACAAGGCCACCACAACGAGAGAUCACCGCCAGACCCAUCUGAAACUCCCACGUCGCAAACAUGGGCGGGCUUCGCGCUGUCGAGGAUCGGCCAACGCCGAAGGAGGUGUAUAACUGGCGUCUCUACUUGGAGGCGACCGUGAUUGCCACAGGCUCGCUGCUAUUCGGCUACGACUCGGCCUUCAUUGGAGUCACAAUUGCCCGCGCCGGUUUCAAGAAUGACUUUGGCAUUGUCCCUAGCGAGGCAAACAGCAUAUCCAGCAACAUCACCUCGACCUUCCAAGCCGGCGCAUUCUUUGGUGCUCUGUUCUGCUUCUUCUUCACCGAGAUAUGGGGCCGUAAGCGCGCUCUCGGAGCCAGCGUUAUUAUCUUCCUCAUCGGCGCAAUUCUGAUGACGGCUGCCACACAUCAGCUAUCUUUCAUCUAUGCCGGACGUGCCCUCACAGGCCUCGGAUGCGGCUUCAUCACCGCAACCGUGCCGAGUUACAUCGCCGAGCUUUCGGUGCCCUCCAUCCGCGGUAUCCUCACCGGCACAUUCGAAGUUGCGUAUCAGCUUGGUUCCCUGGUUGGCUUCUGGAUCAACUACGGCAUCACUGAAAACAUGGACCCCAAGAACGCGGCAAGCUGGCGCAUCCCCAUGGCCGUACAGCUCAUCCCGGCCGGCCUCCUCUGCAUCGGCUUCUUCUUCCUCCACGAGAGCCCGCUGUGGCUCAUGCGGAAGGACAGGGAGGCCGAGGCUCUCAAGGUCCUAGAGGCUUUGCGACGUCUCCCUGCCGAGCACCAAUACAUACAAGAGGAGGUCCAGAUGAUGCGGGCCAGGCUCGACGAAGAAGCGGUCAUUGCAAGCCGGUACGGCUCCGGGCCAAAGGCCUUCUUCUUGGGAGCCAUGAACGAACUGCUCCGCAAGGGAAUGCGCAACCGAGGCUUCCUCAUCUUCUGUGCAUUUGCUCUGCAGAACAUGUCCGGUGCUGCUGCCAUCAACUACUACUCCCCUACGCUCUUUGGAUCCUUGGGUAUCACAGAUGUCGCCCUCUAUACCGGUAUCUACGGUCUCGUCAAAGCCGUGGCUUCGGUCAUCUUCUACGUCGCCCUCAUUGACAUCUGGGGACGUCGGAACCCCACCAUUUACUCGUCGCUCGUGUGCUCGCUCUGCCUGUGGAUCGUCGGCGCCUACGUCAAGAUCGGACAUCCUGCCGACGUCAUCGCCGCUGGCGGGACCUUGUCCAAAUCCACCGCAGCAGGAGGCAAAGCUGCUACUGCCAUGAUCAUGAUUUACUCGGUCUUCUGGUCGUUUGGCCUCAACGGAAUUCCGUGGAUUGUCUCCGCUGAGAUUUUCCCCGGUGCACUCCGCAACAUGACAGGCACCCUCGCCGCUCUGUACCAAUGGCUCUUCCAGUUCGUCAUCACAAAGGCUCUGCCAUACAUUUUCGCCUCGUUCGGCUACGGAACAUGGUUCUUCUUCGCCUGCUGGAUGCUCCUCGCCACCAUCUGGGCCUUCUUCCUUCUCCCCGAGACCAAGGGCCUUACCCUGGACCAGAUCGACGUCAUCUUUGGUUACGACUCUGAUAGGCGGCCUGACGUUCUGGCCAGAUCCGGUGUCAAGCCGAGCUUCGACGACAAGGAUGUGGAUGCUGAUGUUGAGAGGAGUGUGGGAAGCAAUCAUUUGGAGGAAUCGCGCUAAUAUUUUUGUUGGUUGUUGCAUUCAUUCUAUCAUGGUGCAAAGUCAAGUGUAAUUACCUACCUAGGCAGAAGACUUGCCAGCCUGUGUCAACAUAGGUAUUCAACAAGGGGUAACAUAACAAUAU